UGAAUGAAUGUAAUGUAAUGACUUCUCAUAUAAGUAGGUCAUACAUUUCUCUCAAACUCCAGCUGCCUCUCUCUCUCUUUCCUCUCUGGAACUUCUCUGUCUCCCACAAAGUUCCAGAGAAUCCCCAAACCCCCCAAAAUACUCAUUCACCCCCCUAAUUCUCUAUCUCAAAAAUCACACUUUCACAAAAUGCAACAAACUCUUUGAAAAAUCUUGUUUUCAAAAAACCCUUCUCAAUGCUUCCUUUACGCUUAACCGUCGUCGUUUCAUCUCUUUUUUUCUGUUGCCUUUUCCAACCAUUCUGUCUCGGAAUCCGUUCUUUUCCGACCACCGACACAACCACCACCGUCGUCACCACCAACCCAUUUCACUUCUCCGAAGCACCCGAUUAUCGAAACGGAGCGGGUUGCCCCAUACCCGAAAACAACAACAUCAAAGGAUCAUGCGACCCAUCACUAGUUCACAUCGCAAUGACACUCGAUUCUGGUUACCUACGUGGCAGCAUCGCCGCCGUUCAUUCCGUUCUCCGUCACUCAUCAUGUCCAGAAAACGUUUUCUUUCAUUUCAUUUCCGCUGAGUUCGACCCAGCGAGUCCACGAGUCUUGACUCGUUUGGUAAGAUCCAUUUUUCCAUCACUAAACUUCAAAGUUUACAUUUUUCGUGAAGACACGGUGAUAAAUCUUAUUUCAUCUUCAAUUCGUUUAGCACUUGAAAACCCAUUAAACUAUGCAAGAAAUUAUCUUGGUGAUAUGCUUGAUUCAUGUGUUGAAAGAGUUAUCUAUCUUGAUUCAGAUAUUGUUGUUGUUGAUGAUAUUUUCAAACUAUGGAGUGUGAAAAUGGGUUCAGAAAAAGUUAUAGGUGCACCUGAAUAUUGUCAUGCAAAUUUCACUAAGUAUUUCACUGAUGAAUUUUGGGUUGACCCAUUAUUAUCAAAAGUAUUUGGAACAAGAAAGGCUUGUUAUUUCAACACGGGUGUGAUGGUAAUGGAUUUAGUAAAAUGGAGAAAAGGGGGGUAUAGAAGAAAAAUUGAGAAUUGGAUGGAAUUACAGAAGAAAAAGAGGAUUUAUGAAUUGGGUUCAUUGCCACCCUUUUUACUUGUUUUUGGUGGGAAUGUUGAAGCUAUUGAUCAUAGAUGGAAUCAACAUGGAUUAGGGGGUGAUAAUUUGAAUGGUGUUUGUAGAUCUUUGCAUCCUGGUCCUGUUAGUUUGUUACAUUGGAGUGGUAAAGGUAAACCUUGGGUUAGACUUGAUGAGAAAAAAGCUUGUCCUUUGGAUUCAUUAUGGGAACCUUAUGAUCUUUAUAAGCCAAGAAAUAAUCAUUUCAUGGUUCAUCAUGGUGGUGGUGAUGGGAAAAAUCAAGAGAUUGAUCAACCUUGGAGUUUUUCUUCUUCAAUUUUGGUUGGAUAUGCUCAUGAUUUGCUAUGACUUGUGAUUAGUAUGAAGAUAUGAUGAUGAUGAUGAUGAUGAUGAUGAUUCUUUUGGUACUUAUGUUGUUGUUGUUGAUUAGAAAAAAUUCUGCGAUUCAAUUUUUUUUUUAGGUUUUGUACAGAUUGGUUUUUCAAUCUUUAUCAUUCUUUAUGUAGAAUGGUUUUUUUUUUUUUUUUUAAAUUUUUUGUGAUUUAGAUGUGAAAUUUUAGAUUCUUUUUUGUGAUGGGGGGUUCCAUUAUUUGGAACAAUUUUGGUGGGUGGGUUAAGUUCUUUUGUAUGGGGUCACCAUUGAUUGUAUGUGCCAAACAUAAUGCAGAAUGAUAGACAGCUAUUUCAUUGUUUUUA